AUGAACGAUUACGACUCUCUUAAUAACUUGAAACUUAAGAUUCUAGAGCUUAAGAAAAAAAGAGAUGAACUAACUACAAUUAUAAUGAGAGAUAGGAUGGCAGUAACCUAGAUUGAUGAGUAAAUAAACUAACUCGAAAGAGAAAAGCAGAAAGUAUUAAUGAACUCAGAGGAAAAGGAGAUGCAAAUACGUAAAUUUGACGAACUUAUUAAGUAAAGUGAAAGCGCAGUUUAGAAAAUGUUUAUGAGCACAUAGAAACUAAAUGAGGCUCUAAAUCAAGCACUCGAUGAUAAUUUUUGA